GACGAACAGUGCAGCCAGAGUAAAACGGUUCUGUAGUUCAGGAUUUUGACGUUAAUCUGUCGGAAUAUUUAAAUCAGAAUUAUGAUAACUUAUAUCCUGCAUAAUAUCUUUGAUAUUCUUAACACUCCAACUAAUGUUAUUUUACUGUUGUUGGUGUUUAUCAUAACAUAUGGAUUGUUCAGUUUACGCAAACCAUCUGGGUUCCCACCUGGACCAAUGGGAUAUCCAUUUAUUGGCUCUAUGAUGGAUUUGGUGAACGAUCCCCACCUAACUCUUGUAAACUAUGGUAAGAAAUAUGGAGAUGUAUUUACAAUGAAGAUUGGCAGUCAGCCUGUGAUUGUACUCAACUCCUUAGAUGUUAUUAAAGAAGCAUUGGUGAAGAAACAGAAUGAUUUUGCUGGGAGACCAUAUUUUUAUUCAUUGUCAAGUCUGAUGGCAGAAGAGAGUCAAGACAUCUUAUUUGGUAACUUCACUACGAAGUGGAAACUGCAGCGAAAAAUAGGACAUCAAGCCAUUAGUAUUCACGGUUCAGCACGAACUGCUAAGCUGAAGUCUGGCCUCAAAAGACAACCCUGCCCACCAGAACAGUGA